CGUCAGUCGAUCCUCGCCUGUCUGGCAGGCUCCACGUUUGUUUGAAUUUUCCUUUCCCAAACCAAAGUGAUUCAGGAUUUUUUUGUUUGGGGGGAGAUAAUUAACCAAAAUGAAUUCGUCGCCAAUCAAAGGCAUACGGCGCAAGAAAUCCUUGCUGAGCGAAAUCAAGGUGCUGGUCGUCGGCGGUCCCAGUGUCGGCAAAUCAGCGCUGACCGUGAGGUAUUUAACCAAGCGUUACAUCGGAGAGUACGACCAUCAGUCGGAGAAUCGAUACAAGCACGAGGCCAUGAUCAAUGGCGAACCAGUUAUUUUCGAAAUCCUCGAUACGUGUCCCAAGUCGGACAAGGAUUUGUUGGCGGUGGAUUCGAUUCAAUGGGCCGAUGGUUUCCUCCUGGUUUACUCGAUACUGGACAAGGCGAGUUUCGACUACAUCCAGCGGUUCAGGCGGCACGUCCUCGAGAUCCGCAACAUCGGAUCCAGCAGCGUUAGCAAAGCGGAUCAACAGCAGCAGACGGGCGCCAGCAGCAGCACCAUUCCCUGUGUCUUAGUGGCCAACAAGGCCGACAUGGUUCACCUCAGACAGGUGCCCACACAUGAAGGCGAACAAUUGGCGAAGGAAAUGGAAUGCUACUUUGCCGAAGUUGCCGCUGCCGAACAGGUAUCCAGCAUUGCGGAUGCUUUCAACGAACUCGGACGAGAAGUUCACUCUGUUCGGAGACGGUCAAAACCGCCAAUGUCUUCCUCAUCGACGCACUCUACGCCGUCACUUUUUGACCGCAUGCUUGGCAGCCGAUCCUCGGCCGGAAUUGGCUCCAUCAGGGCGUAUGCACGCGGGAAAUCCGACUCGGCUUUGCCAAAAGAUUAAACAACGGUAAAGGAGAAAACAAAAAACGUUUCGGACCGAGUCCCAUGCCCCAAAUGCGUUCAUGCGAUCAUUUGAAAUCCCCAGAAUUUGUGUGUUGAAUCAAACGGCGGUAAAAAAAAACAAAAACAACUCGAGAAUCGAGUAUAUCAAUAAGGUUGUUAUCGCUAGAUGGCACUGAUAUG